AAGAAAAAUAUUAAAAUGCGUUCACAGACGAAAAUUCCGGUUCCGUUAUCCGGCGCCAGCAACGGUUCUUCUCCAACUGAUCGGAGAUUAAAUACUCUCAUUAGACAUAUCGGAGAUACAUCAGUGGAAUCUCAAAACUCUAGUUCUAAUAUCUCAAUGUCUCCUACUGCUUCUUAUGGUGAUUCUGUUUUUGCUCACAUUGUUCAAGCUCCUGAAGAUCCAAUUUUAGGGGUUACUGUUGCUUAUAAUAAAGAUCCAAGUCCUAUUAAGUUGAAUUUAGGAGUUGGAGCUUAUCGAACUGAGGAAGGAAAACCACUUGUAUUGAAUGUUGUAAGAAAAGCUGAACAGAUAUUAGUUAAUGACAGGUCUCGUGUGAAAGAGUAUCUUCCUAUUACUGGAUUGGGAGAAUUUAACAAAUUGAGUGCCAAGCUCAUUUUUGGUGCUGAAAGCCCUGCUAUCCGUGAAAACAGGAUUACUACUGUCCAAUGCUUGUCUGGCACUGGCUCGCUGAGGGUGGGAGGUGAAUUUCUUGCAAGACAUUACCAUCAGCGAACAAUAUAUAUUCCACAGCCAACAUGGGGGAACCAUAUCAAAGUGUUUCAGUUGGCAGGGUUGUCUGUGAAAUAUUAUCGCUACUAUGACCCAAAAACACGUGGAUUGGACUUCCAAGGUAUGCUGGAGGAUCUCUCUUCUGCUCCAUCAGGAGCCAUAGUUCUUCUGCAUGCGUGUGCUCAUAACCCUACAGGAGUAGAUCCAACCCUUGAACAGUGGGAACAGAUCAGAAAGUUAAUGAGAUCGAAAGCUCUAUUGCCUUUCUUUGACAGUGCUUACCAGGGGUUUGCAAGUGGAAGCCUGGAUGGAGAUGCGCAGCCUAUUCGGAUGUUUGUAUCAGAUGGGGGCGAAUGUUUUGCUGCUCAGAGUUAUGCAAAGAACAUGGGGCUAUAUGGAGAACGUGUUGGGGCUCUCAGCAUUGUUUGCAAAUCAUCGGAUGUGGCUAGCAGAGUUGAAAGUCAGCUGAAACUUGUUAUCAGGCCUAUGUAUUCAAAUCCUCCCGUGCAUGGCCCAUCUAUUGUGGCUACGGUCCUGAAAGAUAGAGACUUGUACAAUGAGUGGACUCUAGAGCUGAAAGCUAUGGCUGACAGAAUAAUAAGUAUGCGUCAGCAACUAUUUGAUGCAUUACGUGCAAGAGGUACACCAGGUGAUUGGAGUCACAUUAUUAAACAAAUUGGGAUGUUUACUUUCACUGGUUUGAAUAAAGAGCAAGUUGCUUUCAUGACUAGAGAAUAUCACAUCUACAUGACUUCUGAUGGGAGAAUUAGCAUGGCGGGUUUAAGUUCAAGGACGGUGCCUCACCUUGCGGAUGCUAUUAAUGCUGCUGUGACCCGUAUGGGUUGAGCAAAACUUGGUAUCAAAUUGUGUAGGAUGCCUUUCGGAGGUUUGCUUUUUAAUUUUAUUUUUAUUCUCUGUUGCAAUAAAAAACAGCUCAACAAUUAGUGAUGUAAGCUGCAGUUCCUAAUUCGAUUGAAUCUCAGGUGAGAUAUUUGCCCCAUCUUUUAUAGAAAUGAAACUUACUAUGUGAGUUUUGUUUUUCCUUUUUCUCUUGGAAGUCGAGGAUUUUAAUAGAGUGGACUAACAAAAUGGACUCUUGUUGGAAGACCAAGUUUUUUGCUUUGUCCUUCUUUUUUGUUUUGCUGAAUGGAAGAUGAGUUUGUAAAGGUGGUAUGCCCAUAGAAGGCAGCAAAUGCAUAUGACAAUAAAACUUGAGAAAAAUUAAUAA